UGGAAAGGGAAUGAUUCGCUGGAGAAGCCCUAUUGCGAGACCGGGAAGAAGGCUAAAAGGAAAGAGUGGCAGCCGAGCCAAUCCUCGAGCUCAGAGCCUGUCGCGGAGGCGGGAAAAGAAGGUCGCGGAUGUAUUUGGAAUGAACUUCGACCAAUCUUCGUUCGCAAAGACAGUGGAGGAUUCUGCGGUGGUGGACCUGAUCAGCGACAGCGACAGCGACGGAGAGGCCGGCGCGAGCGGUGCCAGGGAUGGAGAGGGCCCGGCAUAUUCUAGAGGUGGAGGCCGCUGCCGUGACCGCGAUAGUGACAGCGACAGUGAGGAGGAAGGGGCCGGGGCGGCUGAGCGGCUGCGGCCCCCUGCCCCGCGGCGGCGGCGCCUUCUGCUGGGAGCAGGGGAGGCUCCCGUGGUCCCCGUAUAUUCGGGCAAGGUGAAGAGCAGUCUCCGCUUCUUCCCCAAGGAUCUUAGGCAGCCACUGUUCAUCGGAAGCCCUAGCGGGGAAGCUCUGGAUUUGGAUUCUGAUCAAUCCCUUUCUGAGACCGUCCUUUUGCCAGUUUAUUCUUCAGAAGUGAAUCAAAAAACCAAUGAUGAAGAAGAGAAGCAUUUUUUGGUCCAGGACAGUUCCUCUUCCCCUUCUCCCCCUCCCAGGCGACGUGGGCCUUGCAGGAAACCACCAAGAGCCUUUGGAAAGAUAAGGGAGGUGAAUAAGCGCUUGCAAGGUCUCCGAUCUUACCUGAGCCCCCUGUCACCCAAAGGCCAUGUUUCUGAGAACUCCGAAGAUGAAGUGAUCUUGGUGGAGGAGAACAAUGUUAGGGAGAGCCCCCGACUCUUAACUCUUAAAGUGAGGUGCCGGGCUGACCUUGUCAGAUUGCCUCUCAGCACGGCCGAGCCCUUGCAGGUCGUUGUGGAUCACAUGGCAUCUCGCCUAGGAGUGUCCCCUGCCCGAAUUCUUCUGCUGUUCCGAGAAGUAGAGCUUUCCCCAAGUGCCACCCUCAGCUCUCUAAAGAUUGGAGUGGCUGACAUCAUUGAUUGUGUGGUCCUGUCCAGUACUCCUGAGCCUUCAAAAGAGUCAGAAUCGGGUGAGGAACUUCGGCUCAGGGUUCAGGGGCAAGAGAAACACCAGGUUCUGGAGGUCACUGUGCCCCGGGGUGCUCCUCUUAAAACACUGAUGUCUCACUAUGCAGAGGCCAUGGGACUCAAAGGACAUAAGCUCUCUUUCUUUUUUGAUGGUGAGAAGCUUUCUGGCCAAGGGACCCCAGCAGAGUUAGGCAUGGAACAAGAGGACCUCAUUGAGGUUAGGGGUUGAAGUGUGAUGUUCUGCCUUCUGCCUCCUCCCCUGCCUUCAGACCGCGAGAUGUGAAGCUGGGGCUCCUCAAAAAUCUAAGGAGAAUGCCUGCCCUUCUCACCUUCCUUCUCUGUCUUCUUUCCCCUCUUCCGGUUGCCCUAAAGCUAGAUCUGAGAAAGACCUUCCCUUCCCCCCCUUUUCCCUUGUCCAAAUUUACCACUCACCCUUCUUUCAUGGGUGUCCUGGGGGUGAUGCUGCUGCUCUAGCAUUUUCCGUCAGUUUCUAUGAGUGCAUCCUAGUCCUCUUCUGCUAGCUGAAGGAUUUGGGUCCCAUUUACCCUGUAUAUAUGUAAAUGUGUCCUUUGAUCUCUGUCUCCUAACACUAAUUCUUUUGGAUUGGGUGUGAAGAUGUAUUGCAGACCCCUUAUUUCCAAAUAUCUUUCCAUGAGACCAGUCAUUUUUGUAACUGGAGUUAAAAUAAAAUGAAUGAUGUAGUUUG